CCGUGCGAUGAGCACGUGAGCAUCCCAAUAUAACUCAGUGCAGUACGAAAGUGACAGUGAGUGAGUGUUUUGAGUGUUGAGUUACUGUGCCUUAGUUUAGUUUUGCGGAAACUGCAAUGGCGUUGAAACUUAUCAGAUUAUGAGCCCCCGAAUGGGGCUGAGCCUAGGCAAGGCGCUAUGUUGGGAGUCACUCUUUUCGUCCUCUCACAUAUAGUUGGGUGUCAAUUCACAAAAGAAAACACGACAUCAGAAGACUCAACGGUUACACCGUACUACGUGUUGAGCACCGGAGCUCAAGCACCGAUCAUGCUGCGCCUGGGGAACUCCACCAUCGAUAGCAGCAAGGCAUUCAAGGUGCCGCAGCCGACCCAGGACUCCAACGACAUUCAGACCCAGAUACCACACGUGGUUGGUGUGAAGAACACAUACUUCGACCACGACCGUCGGUACGGGCCCACGUUCGAGGAUGUUCCCGUAGGCAAUAUCACGAAAAUAACUGUGCAGUUGGGAGAAGACGCACAUUUGAAUUGCAGGAUCAGUCUCCUGCAGGAUAAGACAGUUUCAUGGGUCAGAAGAAGAGGAAGGGAUGAAAUGCCAGAACUUCUAACAGUGGGUGCAGUGACUUACGCUGCAGACAAUAGGGUGACUGUGGCAAAACGGUAUCCAGGAAACUGGAGGCUACUUAUCAGGGAGGUGAAACCUGAAGAUGAAGGUGUCUACGAGUGCCAGAUAUCCACACACCCACCCAGAGUCAGCAGGACAUAUCUACAUGUUAAUACCCCGCAAGUGUGGGUCGUAGACGAAGCCGGCUCGCCACUUCUGGAGAAGUACUAUGAAGCGGAGUCUACCCUGGCGCUGGUCUGCCGUGCUAGAUACGUGGAUACACCAGCUGUUCUCACGUGGCUGCAUGAGAGCCGAGCACUCAACUCGGAUACGUCUAGAGGAGGAAUAAGUGUGAAGACAGAGCAAGUCUCUGGCGGAGCAGACAGUGUACUGCGUCUGGCGCGAGUGAACAGCAGUGACGCCGGGAACUACACGUGCGCGGUCCGAGGAGCGAGGCCCCACACUGUCGCCGUGCAUGUACUCAACGAAGAAAGCCUAGCCGAGCUCCAUGCCAGUGCCAGAUCCUUACAACCUCCAACAAGAACCUUCAUGUCACUGUAUCUCAUAGCAGUCGCUAUAUCCCAGCCAUCGUUAUAUCAAAUAACAAUCGUGUUCGUAACAAUUUUACAUAACUUUAGGGCCCAAGGUUUACUUAAUUUAAUUAAUGAACAAUUUACAGUACUAUUACUGCCUACGUGAUAGUUAUCGGUAAUAUAUAAUAGUGUUUAAAGUUAUA